CUCCCUACUAGCAGUGGCAACAUCUGGUAUCUCGAUAUUUGCACCGAUAGCUAUUUAUCCUUCCAGGCUCAUACUUACGGAACCUACUCCGAAAAUCAUCGCCAUGCCAUACCUGGCCCACAUCUCCCUCCUCGUAAGCGAUUACGACGAAGCCAUUGCUUUCUACUCCCGCUUGGGGUUCGAAAUAGUGGAGGACACCCUCAUACUGGAGCAACAGAAGAGGUGGGUUACCAUCCGACCUCCGCCUCCCCAACCUUUGUCCAGCGGCACUUCAGCGGAACAACAGACCGAGUCUCCUGGUGAGAAGGUCAAGCAGGAACCAACGCCUCCGUCUGCACUGGCUUCGUCGCAGUGUGCGACUAUUCUCCUUGCCCGUCCCAGCAACGCAGAGCAGGAAGCGUUUAUAGGAAACCAGACCGGAGGACGGGUGUUUUUGUUCCUUGCGACGGAUGAUUUUGAAAGGGACUUCAAGCGGUUUUCAGAAGCGGGCGUAGAGUGGGUUCGAGCACCGAAGAUGGAGGCAUACGGGAAGGUAGCGGUGUGGAAGGAUCUAUAUGGCAAUUUGUGGGAUUUAAUUCAGUACCAUUGACCCGGAAGCCGUGGGGUCGGCAAGGCCCAGGACUUAUAGGGACCACCUUGGCGGUGAGUUUAUGAAAGAUAAGCUCAGUCC